AUGUCGAUCACGUAUGCCACCAUAGGCACCAACUGGAUCACUGACUCCUGGAUCCUCGCAGCCCAGAAAGCCGGCAAAUGGAAGCUCCACGCAGUCUACUCGCGAACCCAAGAACAAGCAGAAGCCUUUGGCAAGAAGCAUGGCUGUUCCAAGUACUACACCUCCCUCGAAGACCUCACCUCAGACGGUGAUUUGCAAGCCGUCUACAUCGCCUCGCCGAACAGCCUCCACUACGCACAAGCCAAGCAAAUCCUCAAGGCGAAGAAGCAUGUGGUUCUCGAGAAGCCAGCGACGUCGACGGUCAAAGAGCUGGACGAGCUGUUCAGGAUAGCCAGGGGGGAGGGCGUGUUCCUCAUCGAGGCGUACAGACAUAUCCAAGAGGCGAACUACAGACUGCUGAAGAAGCUGGUCUUGGACGAGAAGAGAUUAGGCACAAUCUACGGCGCGAGCUUCACGUACGCUUCCUACAGCAGUCGGUACAACAACGUCCUCGCGGGCGAGAAGCCCAAUAUCUUCUCGCUCGACUUCUCAGGAGGCAGCUUAGUCGACGUGGGAGUCUACCCAAUCACCUUCGCCGUCGCUCUCUUCGGCCUCCCCAAAACCCAGACCUACGUCCCGUUCAUCUGCCCGACUGGAGUCGACGGUGGCGGUGUAGGCAUCCUCCACUACGAUGGCUUCGGGGUACAGAUCAACAACGCGAAAGGCUACCAGAGCAAUGCCCCUUGCGAGAUCUAUGGCGAGAAGGGAACCAUCACUAUCAAUGCCACUACGGACAUCAGCACGUUGAAGCACUUCGAUCCGAAGAGCAAGAAGACCGAGGAGCUGGCUGGCUCGUAUAAGACUGUCGAGAAACCGAAUGUGAAUAUGGAGGAGGAGGCGGUGGAGUUUGCUAGGAUUCUGCUGGAGAAGGAUACCAAGGCGCUGGGGCAGCUGGAGGAGAUUUCGAAGAAUGUGGUCAAGGUGACGGCGGAUAUGAGGAGGCAGGGGAAUGUCAUAUAUCCUGCUGAUAAGCAGUGA